AUGGUGAACGUUCCUAAGACCCGCCAUUUCUGCAAGAAAUGUGGGAAGCACCAACCCCACAAGGUGACGCAGUACAAGAAGGGCAAGGAUUCUUUGUCUGCCCAGGGAAAGCAGCGUUAUGACAGGAAACAGAGUGGCUACGGCGGGCAGACUAAGCCCAUUUUCCACAAAAAGGUUAAAACUACAAAGAAGAUUGUGCUGAGACUGGAGUGCAUUGAGCUCAACUGCAGAUCUAAGAGGAUGCUGGCUAUUAAGGGAUGCAAGCAUUUUGAACUAGGAGGUGACAAGAAGAGGAAGGGCCAAGUGUUCCAAGUUGAUUUUGUUAUGAAGACAAUAAAAUCUUGA